AUGUCAGGUCCAGUGGGUGCUGCCCAAGAAAUUUCACAAUCUGCUGGGCUACCUCGGACUUCCUCCAUCGACUCUGCGAUAUCCGCUCUCUCGUCCAAUAGGCCUGCUCAGCAACAUGGCUCGCAAGACUCCGGGUACGGAGCGGCCGAUGUCUCGAACCUGGUGAAUAAGGCAGGAAGCCCAGAGGCAGUCAUUCAAACCCUUCUCAAGGAGAGACAGGCGCAGUCGCAACAGAAUACCCAGCUAUGGCGUUUGGUAGACAAGCAACGGGCCAUGAUUCUGGGCCUCAACAAGGACCUCGAGCGGGCGCUGAAGGAAAAAGAAAAGUACAGGUUGAAAUUGAGGGAUCUGAUAUCCAGCGCCGCCUUUAGCCCGACGAGUUUGAACGAUUUACAGACCCCCUCUCGGCCCAAUGUCCCUCGGAUUGAUGUCAACCAGUCGUCGAUGGGAUUCUCUGACGCAUCGUCCCUGGACUCACCUAGCCAAGCCUUCUCCCCCAUCGAUUCGAUGAUUCCUCCCUACCCAGUCACGCCCAUCACACCCGGGUCUAUCCCAGACCAAUCGGCCAUGCCACCACCUCCAGACGCACCUCGACUUCAGGACCCCUCUCGAAUUCUGCCCAAGAUCAGAGAUCGGGCACCGGGCAGAGUUGACCGAGAUACAGAAGAAAAGUCAGAUCAGGUACCGAGAUUAAAGAAGGAGGAUUCACUCAAGGAUUUGCAGUUCAAUGCCUCACAGCCACCUACCCGUGCCCUGCCUCCGGACCCUCCCAAGGGCCCAUCAACGAAGCUUCCCGCUGGAUCUCCUGUUGCUAUGGUGAAUGAGGCAAGAGUUCGAUCGGAAGGAGGGGUAGCCGGCUUUCCAGCGCCACCACGAAAGGCACCUCCUGCUCCACUCCAGCUAAACUCGCCUACUAAGGAGUUGGUACAAGAGGAAGAGACGGAUUCGGACCUGGAUGAAAUUCUAGAAUCUGCCGACCUGGGAAGUGGAAGCGACAAGCGUGGCCGAAGGCGAACUCGGGCAGAGGAUGAGUUGGACAGAGGGCUCAGGGUCCAAAUGGAGGCCGAAGCAAGAAGUGCCUCCAAGAAGAGCUCAUCCAGCAAACCCGACUCGACUGGCGAAGCCGUCCCUCCCAGCCCCCGCCAGGAUUCGGGGCAACGCCCACAUGCUAGCUCAUUAUCGCUUGCCGAAGUCCUUCAAGCCGAGGAGUACAGCGACCCAGGAUCUCCAGCGAUGAGCCCCGGGCUGCCACUCAGCCCUAGACCUGUGAAUGUGAGACCUCCCAUACACUCUCCGCCACUGUCUCCUAGGAAUGCUGGGGCAUUUCCUUCAGGCCCCUUGUCACCACGGCCUCCCCGCCAACCAAUUCCUAUGCCUCCGAAUACACCACUCGCAACACCGGCAGUGGCUUCUAUCGACCAGUCCUUGAUGUCGCCCAAAGAAGGACUCAUGAGCCCCACGGUAGCGACGACCCCAACUGAACGGACAAAGAUCUUCAGAGGCCUAAUCACGGAGGAGUUCCCUGAUCUUUUAUUGGCCCCCAACGCUUUACCAUCAAUUGCAAUCCGUGUUGCCUCAUCUCGGAUGAAGCCCUCGCGGGCAAGUCUGAUUUCGCUCACCCAGCUUGAAGAAGACCCUGUGUUUACGUUGGCCGUCAUUUCACGUGCUGAUCGUAGUGAGUUAUGGCGUCUCGAGAAGGACUCAGCCUCUCUGUCAAAAUUGGACCAACGGCUCAAGCAAUGCCCGGCUUUCACCGCAAGGACGCCGGACAAGUCUCUGUUUUCUGGCCAUGCUCCUGCUAAAGUGGACGCUAGGCGCGCAGCACUGGAGCAUUACAUGGAAGAAGUUUUGAAUACUCCCUUGGAUCCAAACACGGCAUUUGAGCUUUGCAAGUAUCUCUCGAGAAACGCUCUCCCUCCGAAUGUGGAUGAACUAGGAACCGGGACUGGCGGAGCACGAGAGGGAAGCUCGCAUAUGAUCGGUCCAGAUGGGCGCCCCAUUCGUAGUGGCUAUCUUACCAAGCGAGGCAAAAACUUUGGUGGAUGGAAAUCGAGAUUUUUCCUUCUUGAUGGCCCCCUGUUGAAAUACUACGAAACUCCGGGCGGUGCUCACCUCGGCACGAUCAGACUGCAGAAUGCACAAAUUGUCAGACACUCGCAGAGUGGCGACAACCACUCUCCACCUAGGGGUCCGAACAGCGACGAGAUGGACAACAAUUACCGCCAUGCAUUUCGAAUUCUGGAGCCCAAGAAGAAAGAUUUUAAUAGCCAUGUCAAGCACGUUCUAUGUGCAGAGAACGAUAAGGAAAGAGAUCUUUGGGUAAACGCCCUGUUGCAGUGGACUGAUUAUCGUGAAAAUGAGGAUGAGGAACCAGCGCAGACCAGCAAAUCCAAUGUGGCUAGGAGCAGGAAGAGUAUGCCACCACCAAGGUCGUACCAUCAGACUCAAGACUCGGAUACUUUGGUUGGUGUUCGAUACGAUUCUACGCAGGUCGGUGACGUCCCGCAGUUGGGUGGUAGACCUAAAACAUCUGGUGCUUCUAGCGACCAUCUCGGGCAUCACUAUAACAAUAGCGACUCGAUGACUCCCAAGCUAAUAUCGGGACCGAAAGACCCGCAACCCAUUGCAGACCUUGCGGCCUGGGGUAAUAAGACAGGCUUGACGGCUCCAACAAGUGAGGAGAAGAAGGUACGGAAGCGAAGCUUUUUUGGUUUCGGAUCAAAGACACGAUCCAAUUCAGACGGGCAAGAUUCCAUUCCUUCCGUGGGUGACGGCUUCUCAACCACAGCUCCCUCGGGUAGUUCGUACCAUGGACCAGCACACCAGGUGUUUGGUUCCACUUUGGGCGAGGCCGUACGUUUCAGCCCACCGCACGACGUGGACGUACCUCUACCUUCAGUUGUCUACAGAUGUAUUCAGUUCCUAGAGUCCAAGGACGCUAUUCUUGAGGAGGGUAUCUUCCGCCUGAGCGGUUCCAGCGUGGUAAUCAAAGGGCUUCGCGAGAGAUUUAAUGUGGAGGGUGAUGUGAACCUGGUAACCGACGACCAGUUCUACGACAUCCAUGCAGUCGCCUCACUGCUCAAGCUCUACCUGCGAGAGUUGCCGUCGACAAUAUUAACGAGAGAAUUACACCUUGAGUUCCUGGGGACAACGGAGCUUGUCAGCCGGUUAGACAAAGUUGCGGCUCUCAGCGAACUGGUGCAGAGGUUACCGCUUGCGAACGCUACCCUGCUCAAGUACUUGAUUGCUUUCCUGAUCAAGAUUAUUAAUAAUUCAGAUAUGAACAAGAUGCCUGUGCGUAACGUGGGCAUUGUCUUUUCACCGACGUUGAACAUCCCGGCGCAAGUAUUUGCCAUGUUUUUGCAAAACUAUGAGCCCAUCUUCGGUAUUGCUCCCGAAGAGUAUGAGCUCCCAUCGGCCAACGCAGAUCGCGAGUCGAACAGACCCGUCGACUCACCCAUCCAAUUCGAUCCGCCACCUCCUCGACCCUCGACCUCAUCCGGCAGUGCUUCGCCACACCGCCAACCGCGCUUGGAUUCAAUGUCGUAUUACCACAACAAUCGAUCAACUCCAACCCCGCCGCUCAUUGCACAUAGGGGAACUCCUACUCCACCAUUGGGACGUCAAGGUCAUGAUUCUCCACGCUCUACGACUCAGAGCUUAGGCCAGAGGCCUGGAACUGAGAGCGCAUCCGGCUCACCAACUGUGUCCGAGGCCUACAACCUGUAUUCGUCCAACCGAGGUCCAGCCUCUCAACAAUCACCAGUUGAAGAGCCUAGCGCCGGCGGAUUGACUGUACAAGAUCCAUCUGCAACCAUCUGGCACUCGACGCCAAAGAAGAUGGAGCUCGAUCCGCGACUCGAAGCAAGCGACCUCGUUCCCGUUGUCUCCGUCCCCGACUCAUCCUCGAUCGCUGGACGCACCACGGGCCUUGCAGACGCCGACACGCCGUCCAAUAAUCUUGGCGCAACCAGAGACCAGGACCUACAAGGAGGCGACGACGACGACAACCACAGUGGCGAUGACCAGGACGGAGGCGCCGACCCAAAACGCUCGAGAGCAUGCGAGGCCUGUCGUGGUCUGAAGGUGCGGUGUGAUCCGGAUCCGGACGGCGGGCCAUGCAAGCGCUGCAAGAAGGCGUCGCGCAAGUGUGUGGUCACGCAGCCGACGCGCAAGAGGCAGAAGAAGACGGACAGCCGUGUUUCCGAGCUGGAGAGGAAAAUCGAUGCUUUGACGGCGAGCCUGCAGGCCCGCGCUGGCGGCAUCCCCGUCCUUCCCGUGUUAGGUGCCUCCUCAUCACCACAUGUGCUUGGGAUGAGCAGCGUUAGCCCAGGCGGCGGGCCGAACGAGCAUACGACGCCAGGGAGCCAUGGGAGCUCAUACUACAGGGCUCCUUCGACAGAGGGGGUUGCUAGUGGAGGCAUUGGAAGUCACGAGAGGUCCUGGGGAAGCGAGGCGGCAACCGUGAGACACGGGAGUCUGGACAGAUCAAAUGGCCCGUCCGUGACACCACCGGGAGGAGGGUCAGCGGCGUCGGCCCCUCCGCAAGCACGAGUCGAUCCAACACCCCCGGCAUUCCAGGCGCCCAUGGUCAUAGCCGGCCAGAAGCGAAAGCUGCCCGCAAGAUGGAGCACGAACGCGGACGACGAUCACAGGCAAUCACCUGUGGCUGCUGCUAGUAGUGCGUUCACGCCGGUACCGGAUAGCGACGUUGUCGACCGCGGCAUCCUCACGAUGGCGAAGGCGACCGAGCUGUUCGCGCGAUAUCGUGAUCGCAUGGCGCCGAACCUCCCUGCUGUCGUACACCCUCCAAGCAUGACUGUUUCUGAUCUUCGAAAGAACAAACCUGUCCUUUUCCUCUCCACCAUGGCGGCUGCUGCGUCAGAGGACAACGAUUUGCAAAAGGUCCUGUCGAGGGAGGUUAUGUUGGUGUUUGCGGACAAGGUGUUUCUGAGUGGCGACAAGAGCAUCGAAAUUGUCCAGGCUCUACUGGUGGCUGUCAUGUGGUACUGGCCACCAGAGCACUUUGAAGAGCUCAAGUUCUACCAGCUGGUCCACAGCGCUGCCGUCAUGGCUAUCGAUAUCGGCCUGGGUAAGAGUUUUGGUAACAAGCAGCCUGGUACAGGCCUCUACAACUGGCAGAGCCAUCCCAUGCGGCGCCAAGCACCACCUGAUCCGACGACUGUUGAAUCCAGGCGAACAUGGCUCGCGUGCUUCUUCAUGGCCUCCAAUACGUCGAUCUCGCUGCGUCGCCCAAAUCUUAUCCGCUGGACCCCUUUCAUGGCCGAGUCGCUUGAAGUACUGGAGUCAUCCCCUGAUGCCGCACCAACGGAUAAAUACUUCUGUCAUCUUGUGUGGACACACAAGCUGGGUGAGGAGGUGAGCAAUCAGUUCGCCUUGGAGGACGCGACUGCGCGGGUGAACAUCAACGAGGCGAGAACGCAGCACACCCUGCGGGCUCUCGAGAGGGAACUGGAAAACAAGCGGAAUUCAGCUCCCGAGGAUAUCAUGAGGCCCGCACUAAUACUUGGAUUCGAGAUGAUCAGCCUGUACAUGCACGAGAUUGUGCUUCAUAGUAAAACGGCCGUCGACCAGAUACGGCCACCCUUCAACACCGACGCAUUCAAGGAAGGUGUUAUCGGGCCCGAGCCUCUAUCCGCCGCCCACAUCAAUGCCAUCUCGUCAUGUCUUAGCGCAGUCAACGGAAUCUUCACCACGUUUCUUUCACUGGACGUGGCGAGCGUCCGUUGCCUGCCCGUCUAUAAUUUCGUUCGCGUUGCUUACGCCCUCGUUAUUCUUCUUAAGAUGUACUUCACUUCAUCUAACCCAACCUCAGACCUCGGUAAGGUGGUCAAUAAGGAAAAUCUUCGGGUUGGCUAUUAUAUGGAUCUUCUCAUCGACAAGUUCCGUUCCACCGCCGCCGACGAUCGGUCUCGACCCGCCUCCAAAUUCCUCGUCGUGCUUGCCAUGUUGAAGAGCUGGUUCAUCAAACAGGGCAAGCUUGAGGCAAAGAACAACCCUCAGGGCGGUGAUGGGGCUGGUUCUACCAAGUCGCCCAGGACUGGUGGCUGGCCAGAAGGCGAUGGCUCAUCUGGCAACAAGCAGCUACUGCCCUUUCAUAGACAGAACUCGCAGCAGCAGCAGCAAGAACCAGCCCGAGUAAACACGCCUCUCCAGCUCCUGUCCGAAGUUGCCACGGGUACUGGGGCCAACAAACCCAGCGGAUCGGCACGUUUCCUUCUUGGUAGCUUCCGCAACCAACCCCAGCCAUUCUUCUAUGAGACCAGCAGCAACAAUAACAAUGCAAACACGCCUUCAUCCUCGGCCUCUGACGGCUCCCCCGCCAUCAAUCCCACGACAGGCCCCCAACAAACGUCUCAACCUCAACAGCAACCACCCUUCUUCGCUGCCUCAUCUGCCGCCCCCUCCUCUGAACCUUCCUGGAUGGCCAACCUCCCAACGAACAUCGACAUGGGUCUGGCUGAUGGCACGGGGCUGGACUUCACCAAUCUGGGAUUCACCCCCGACUUCCAACUGCCCGAGGACGGUGCUCAGAUCCUUCAAGAGCCCUGGAUCAGCGACUUUUUCCAAGGGUUUCAGGAUGGGGGAGGUAUGUUUCCCUUUUGA